UCUCUAUUUCUCUCUCUAAAAUAAUCGAAAAACCUCUUCUUUGUUCAGCUAGGGUUUCUCAAAACUUCGCACUCAAAUUAUACACGACGAGCUUCAGAUCUCUCCUGAAAGAUCUAAUCUUCUUCUCUCUCGAUCAAUGUUCUUUCUUUUGAUACCGUUUUCUCGACUGGCCGUGAAGAAUCGAAGCUGGGUUGGUUUUGAAUUUUCUUAGCAGGUACCUAACACAGAUAAAUAAGGUUUCAUCAAUUAGUUAGUCAUAUAUAGCAUGGAGACAACUGCUGCGGCCAAGGGAACUCAUCACAGUUGCAGUUCUAAUCUCAUUGACUCAAUAUCCAUAGAUCUCAUUAAUGCUAUCGAUGACAUUGAUACUAGGAAGUGUGAACAUUUUUCUAUCCGUGGAUAUACAUCUGAGAUGCGCAAGAAAGACUGGAAGAAAAGCUGGCCAUUUGCAUUAGAUGGUGACCAGAAUAUUUUUAAAGAACAAAUCUGUAAGCUUCCUCCUUUACUUGUUCCGAAGUUCAGAUGGUGGUGUUGCCAGCACUGUCUGCAGGAAACUGGGACCGAAAGCAGUAUAAAUGAAGAAAGAAUUGUUACUAAUAACAGUAGCAAAUUGAAAUCCUUUUGCUCUUGUUCCCAAGUGCCAUCCCGUGGGGAUGCUUUGAUGUGUUCAUCAGAUUUGCAGCAGACUGGAAAGAUUUAUGUUGACUCGAGAAAAUCUGGUGAUGUUGCUUGUUUGAAUGUUAAUAGCAGUACCUGUCAUCCUUUGGUUAGUGAUAAAAGCGAAAAGAAAGCGGCAAAUGCAGAUAUACCGAUCAUAGGUAUUUUUCUGUCUUAGCUCAAUUCUUAUAUUAUUACCACUAAA